AAGCCGGAAGUAGAUUAGUGUGGGUUGGGAUCAGGGUGCAGCAAGAGUUUUGACAUUCCUGCAGGCCUUUCUGUGAAUAUUUCUGCUUUUACGUCAAAUUCUACUUACAGGUAGCCGUCAUGAGUCUUCAAUGGACGGCCGUGGCAACGUUUCUGUAUGCUGAGGUGUUUGCCGUACUACUUCUAUGUGUCCCCUUCAUCUCCCCAAAACGAUGGAGCAAAUUUUUCAAGUCUAGACUGGUCACUGUCAUCACGACGUAUGGAAACACUGCCUUCAUCGUCAUCAUUUGCAUUCUUGUCUUUCUGCUCGUAGAUGCAUUUAGAGAAAUAAGAAAAUAUAGUUUGACAGAGAAAGUGGAUCUGAGCAACAACCCCGUGGCCAUUGAGCACAUCCACAUGAAGCUCUUCAGAGCCCAGAGGAACGAAUACAUCGCCGGCUUCGCUCUGCUCCUGUGUUUGCUGUUGAGACGUCUGGCCACUCUGCUGUCUCAGCAGGCUACACUGAUGGCCUCUAAUGAAGCCUUUAAAAAGCAGGCAGAGGGAGCAAAUGAUGCUGCGAAGAAGUACAUGGAGGAAAAUGAGAAACUGCAGGAGAAACUGCGGGAAGCGGGUGUUGAAGUGCCUGAAGUGGGUGAGAAGGCCAAGGGUGGCGUGGAGGAGGAUAAGAAAAAUCUGACAGAAGAGGUCAGGAAACUGAAGGAUGAACUCGACGCAACUAAGAAAGCUCUUCAGAAGUCAGACAGCGAUGUGAAGGCCAUGAAGAAGCAGGCUGAGAACCUCACAAUGGAGUACGACCGUCUGCUGGAGGAACACGGCAGACUGCAGGCCAAAUGUGACGCUCAACAGGACAAGAAGUCAGACUGAACGAAAACCAUCAUGCACCUGCUCUCUUUCCUGCAUCCUCAUUGGCUGAUAGCAGCUCAGCUGGGCAGCGCAUCACUUCUCUGGCUGUGGAAGAACAGGGUUCCGUUCUUCAUUCAUGCGCUUUCACGUGAUUCAUUAAAUCCUCUGUAGGGUUUUCACACACUGUAAAAUGUUUUCUUUCCAUUUUUGUUGAGAACAUUUGGUGUUUAAAUUUUAUUUCAAAUGUUUUGGUUAUAAAAUAUCAGAAUGAGUAUUAACAUUUCUUGAUGUGUCAGUUUAGGGAGCCUAACCCAUGAAACACAAGCAGAGUGAAUUUCUGUGGACAAAUCAUUCUUACUUAAAGGAGUAGUUCACCCAAAAAUGAAAAUUUGAUGAAAAUUGACUCAUCGGGCUAUCCAAGACUAGUUUGUUUCUUCAUCAGAACAUAUUUGAAGUAAGUUUGAUAUUAAAAACGCAUCACACAUCUUGCAAACAAGCAUUACAUGUCACAAGAUGCUAAUUGAUGGACUGGAGUGGUGUGGAUUACUUGUGGUUUAUUGUGAUGUUUUUAUCAGACU